CGGCGCGGCGGGGCCUCGGCCGGGCUGGGGGGAGAGGGGCGGGCGCCUCAGCCCCGCGGCGGAACCGGCCAUGGAUUUCCACAACAUCCUCGUGAUGGCCUCGGAGCAGCAGGGGCUGAACGCCGUGCCGAAAAGAUACAGUUUGGCUGUUGGCCCUCCCAAAAAGGUUCCAAAGGUCAAGGGUGUUGAGUCUGCAGCAGUACAAGCAUUUCUCCGAAGGAAAGAAGAAGAAAAAAGGAAAAAAGAACUGGAAGAAAAAAGAAAGAAAGAACGACUCUUGGCUAAGCGAAUUGAACUGAAACAUGACAGGAAGGCAAGAGCUAUGGCUUCACGAACAAAGGAUAACUUUUAUGGCUAUAACGGUAUUCCCGUUGAAGAGAAGUCUAAAAAGAGGAGGAGGACUUGUGAGAAUGUUUCUCAGGCCCCCGAGGCUGAGUAUGCAACAGAAAAUGAAGCAGAGCAACUCGAAUUUACUCAAACUGAAUCGGAGUAUGAGCAAGAAGAAUAUGAUGAGAAACCAUCCAAAGCUGCAGUCAAACCAAAGGCACCACCCAAAAGUGCACCAGCACCUCUCAACUUUGCAGAUCUUUUAAGGCUUGCUGAAAAAAAACAAUAUGAACCGGUAGAAAUAAAAGUAGUGAAAAAGAUAGAAGAGAGACCCAGAACUGCGGAAGAAUUGAGAGAGAGGGAGUAUUUGGAACGCAAAAAUAAGAGAGUAGAAAUGCAGAAAAAGAAAACCGAGAAGGAGGUUAAGAAUACAGGGAUAUCCAGUUCUUCAAAAAAAACAACUUCCCUGAAGGAAUGUGCAGAUGCAAAACUUAGCAAAAGUGCAGCAGAUAAACAUGCCUCUCCAAAAAGCAGCCUCUCUUCUCUGAGUGGUACUGAUAAGAAAUCCAAAGCACCAGCAUUGACGGACAAGCACUCGCGGUCGUUAUCUUCUUCCAAAUUGAGUCAAAUGGAAAAAGUAAAAACCUCACAAAAUAGUUCCUUGAAAACCCCUACUGCUGGCAGUCAUAGUAAAUUACCUGUCAAUGGUAUGGGAAAGUCUGGCUCAAGCUUUCCUGUGCCAUCCUCAAAGCCAAUGGCCAAUGGGGCUCAAAGGUUACCGUCUGCUAAAGAAUCCAGCCUGAAAAAGCCUGUCCAUACAAAACCAGGAAAUGCUGCAGCCCUCCCGCAUGAAAUGAACUCCAGCUCAAAACGAUCCAGCAGCAGUUUAGGAAAGGGAGGACCUGGGCAUCCAGGUGGAGGAUCAAGUGCAGGACCAGGGCGAUCAAGCAGCAAUUCUGGCAUGGGACCAGGAAGGCCAGGGAGCGUCUCAAGCCCAGGGCCCGGGCGACAGGGCAGCAGCUCGGCCGCAGGACCUGGAAGGCCAAGCAGCAGCUCAAGCAUGGGACCUGGGCGACCGGGCAGCGGCUCAGGCGUGGGACCUGGAAGGCCAGGUGGCAGCUCAAGCACUGGACUUGGGCGUCCAGGUGGCAGCUCAGGCACCGGCCCGGGAAGGCCGGGCAACAGCACAAAUACAGCACCUGGGAGACUGGGCAGCAGCAUGGGAACGGGACCAGGGAGGCCGGGAGUCAGCCCGAGUGCAGGACCUGGGCGGCCGGGCAGCAGCUCAGGAACGGGGCCGGGAAGGCCAGGAGUCAGCCCGAGUGCAGGACCUGGGCGACCUGGCUUUACAGCUGUAAAGCCCAGGUGUACUGUCGUAUCAGAAACUAUUUCUUCCAAAAACCUAGUGACGAGGCCCAGCAAUGGACAGAUGAAUGGAAUGAGAUCUCUUCAAGGGCAUAGGCCUCCGUUUCGCUCACAAGGUAUUGGGAGACCACCUGUUGGUUACAAAAGACAAAUAGAUGAUGAUGAUGAAGAUGAUGAAUAUGACUCUGAAAUGGAUGAUUUUAUUGAAGAUGAAGGGGAACCCCAAGAAGAAAUAUCAAAACAUAUUCGGGAAAUAUUUGGCUAUGACCGGAAAAGAUAUAAAGAUGAAAGCGAUUAUGCCUUACGCUACAUGGAGAGCAGCUGGAGGGAGCAACAGAAAGAAGAAGCCAGGAGCUUGAGACUCGGUGUUCAGGAAGACCUUGAGGAAUUGAGACGGGAAGAGGAAGAACUAAAACGCAAGAGACAGUCUAAGAAGCUGAGGACCCGUUAACUGACUUACAGCGUCGACUUCUUUCAUUUUUUGCUACCCUCUGCCUCCAUACAUCUCCUGUUCUUCAGUUUCCAUUUGCUUGUUAGAGGGCAAAAGAAUAUGUAAAGGGAUAAAAGAACUGAAAAAAUAAAGGCUUUAGUUUGACUUAUAUAAGAUAUUUAUUUUUAAUACUUGCCAAGGGUUGAUUUUUUUAUGGAGAAAUUAAUGCACUAAUGCAUAUUAUUAAGUAGAAGAAAAAUUAAGAAAUGUUUCCAUUGAUUAAAUCAGUUCAAGAUGCCAGCAGAAAUAUUGACUAGCUAUGCACUGACGUGGAACUGUGCGGGCCCAUAUACAAGUAAACCAAUUUUGCAUUCACUUGAAAGGAAGGAAUAGCACUGGGGGAGUAGUGUGCUUGUUCCCUGAUAUUUUUUUGAGAUGUAGAGAGAAAUUGCUUUAUACCCUGCUCUGUCUCCUAAGUUAAGCCUCAAAGUUUCUGAAACAUCAUCUGCUAUACAGAAGCAGCUUGGGUGUGAAUUCAGCCGUUGCCACAAAUGUUCAAAGCAAUAAAGUGCUGUAUAUUUUUCUGAUUUGAGGACCCAUACACAAUAACUGAACUGGAAUCGUCUUGUUUCCUAAUGGAGAAGUGCGUGUCACUUGCAAAAUGUACAGUUAGAGAUAUCACCAAAAGGUUAGGCUGGCUUUUGCUGUGUCUGGAAUUUCAAUGCCAAUCACAUUCAGUAGGAUAAAUGCUCAUCCUGAAAAUAGGAAUUUCUAGUGUUUGUGUGUAACUUGUGCUUUUGAGCUGAAGCAUAUGCUUAGGAAUUCUUUUCCUGCCCUGUCAGUCUUUGCAUUUGUCUAAAAGCCUCUGUUCUUUUACAGGUUGUGUGCUGUGCACAUGUUUUUUUCUUCUGUUAAGCAUCAGGUGUGUUAAAUGAUUUAAAAUGUGGAGCAGUCACUUAUCUAAUCAGGUCUGCUAUUUGGAAAACACGUUUCCAAAGUACUUGCAGCUAGCUCUUGGAUGUCGAUCACUUUGUAUGACACAGUGAAUACUUUUGAUUAAAUUCAUCAAAUCAGAAAUCCAAAAUGCAUGUCAGGAGAGUUAGUUGUGUUACCCAAUGCCCAUGUUUGCACAUUAUUUCUAACUAUGCAUUUGAAGACUGUUUCCUUCAGUAACUGAGUUUGUUUACUUAUCAGCAUGGGGUUGUAAGAAGAGUCCGAAGCUCGAAGCUGGUGUUGCAUCUGCUUUGAUUCACCAAGUUAUCCUUCAAAGCUCACCAGUAUCACUGUUCAGUGAGCAGUAAGACCCCGCUGAUAACCCCUCACCUAUAGCUAUUGAAGCUGUUAUGUUUUAAUACUUGAAGUACUUAGAAAAGUACAAAAAGGGCUUUGGAUAUAUGUUGGGGGAAAGAAAAAUGAAGAAAAGAAAAAAUUACUUAGAAAAAUAGUGAAGGAACCUUUAAAGAUUCCUUCAGAGGGCAAUUUUUUUUAAACAGUGCUGCUUCCAGAACACAGUUCAGACAGCUUGGAGGCUGCUGGAAUCAACACAUCUAACUCUUAAUGAAGGAAAAAACAUUUGCUUUU